CUAAUCAGUAUGGCUCGGUUCUUUGUUGUUCCAUAAUUAAUUUCUCAAUUUUUAAUGGAAAUAAAUGAAAAAAUAUUGUAAAAAACGCCUAACAAUAUCCUCAAACAGCUGUAAUUUGCAUCGCUGCAAGUUUUCAGCCACAAAGUGAACGUAGAAUACCCUAAAAACGGCUUGCUGCGAUUGCAAUGAACAACUAGUUAUCGCAUUAAGUGGAAAAAAGGCUAAAUAAAUUUGUUACCGACAAGAGCAACAACAACAAAAAGUAGCAACAACUACAACAACUAACCAAGCAAAUGUAUGAUGAUAUUUUGUGUGUUUAGGGACACGACGUUCGGUGAAAAGUUUCGUUUUAUUGUAGUUUAAAAUUGGAGCAAGGUUUCCCCCCGUUCUCGUACUACGACGUUUUGUCUGUCCGACGAACACGACGUCGUGUUGUUGAAAUUUGUUUUAAAUGUGAAGAAAAUAAAAAAGAAAACAAACAUCUAAAUUGAAAUAGAGAAAAUAAAGAGUUUUUGGUUGUAAAUAUCCCCGAGGGCGUUGAAGUGCAUCAUUCCUGGGAGUUUCGAAUUGCCAUUCGAUUGGAUUUUUGUUCUCGGGAUUUUGUAAAGCAAGAAAAAACAAUUAAGAACUUUACAGACUAUUGGUGCAGUGCUAUCAGUAGUGCAUUGUUGCAUUGCACUGGUGGCCCCCACACUCCUGCCUGCUUGCAUCGAAACCAUUCGAGACCUAGUACGUACGUACGUACGUUAUGACAACAACGAGGACGUCAACUCUACACUCUGGGUGGGCUGCUUCUGUGCAAUUGCAUACCAAUAAAAGUAAAAAAUAAAACCAUUUUCGUAUCACAACAGCAACAACAAUAGCAGCAGCAGCUUCAGUGUAGAAAAAUAAAUAUAUAAAAUUUGCAAAGCAAAAGCCACAACAACAACAGCAGCAGCAAAUCGUCAAAAUUCGUAUCAUCGUCAUCAUCCCAUCAACAUUGAUCGCCAAACCAAACAACCAGCCAGCCAGCCAGCCAACCAACCCAUCAUCAGCAGCAGAGUGCAUUGAGUGCAUACAUAAAUAAGCGCACACGCACACACAUAGUUCCACAUAACAUACACCCAUAUGUAUAUACAGCUGUAUCCAAUUUCCACACAAGUGCCUCAAAUGUGCCGGGAUAGAUGAAUGGGUGUUUAGAAUAACAAAUUGCUAAACAUCUCCUAGCCCAGUUGCUCCAAAGCAGAGUGUGUAGAGGAAAACUUCUUCUCAAAGAAAAUCAAUGAUGGAAAAAGCCAAGGCUUAUAUUAAAAAUGAGCUUAAGAGCAGUCAGCAACAACAAUCGGAACAAUCUAGACCUCCAUCGGCCUCAUCUCAACAGCAGUUGCAACAGCAACAACAGCAGCAACAUUAUGCUGCUGCCGUGGCCGCCCACCAUCACCACCAGCUGCAGCAGCAACAUCAAUAUCGUUCGCCGGAGGUAAUGCCAUUGUGUUACGUCUGCGGUGGUCAGGGUGCCUAUCAGAUGUUGCGUGUCAAACCCAACUACGAAAGGCCGCAUGAAUCUUAUUUCCCCUUUUUGGAACGGCAUGAGCCGCCAACGGGAGUACCGCAAGUGGCAGGUCAGCAAGCCUAUGUUAUGGCCUGUCACCUGUGCUAUCUUUCCCUCAAUGAGCAAUGGAAUGCCUACGAGAGGGAAAAGAAGCCGCACAUACAACGCAUCUAUCACAUGAAGAGGGUAGAUAAUAAACCCUAUAUUGGUGCCGAUAUUGCCACUCAGGGUGAAUAUGCCGCCCAAAUGUUGGGACUAAGUGCCGAGCAUUUAGCCCAAUCUAGCCUAGCUAAUGAAAGUGUGCAACAACAAUUACAACAGCAGCAGCAGCAACAACAACAACAACGUCAGCAACAUGCAUCGUCACCACAAAUGCCUUAUGGCUAUAGUCGCAACAGCAGUGCAACGCAUUAUCGCAAUGAAUCUUCGUCUUUAUAUAACACUACAACGAAUCCCAACAACUCAAUGCAUCAACAAAUGACGCCACAGGGAGGAUCCUUGUCAAGGAAUUCAUCACCCUCCCCAGCACCCAAUGCACCUCAAGAUUACUACACAAGAAAUUCUCCCUUGUCGCUAUCGCGUAAUCCCAAUGAAAGAUCACAGUCGUUAAGCAGGCCUCAAUCUCGGGAAGGUGGCGGAGGUGGUGCGGGUGGAGGGGGAGGUAAUUUACAACUUCCAUCACCCUCCUCUAGGCCUUCGAGUGUCCAGGGGAAUGCUUUUGAAUCACUGAACAUCAAACCCUCAUCGUUUGCUCAUCAUAAAUUGAAACUGGGUCAGCUAUCCUAUUCCAAUUCGGUAUUACACAAUGCAUAUGGUGGAGGUGGUCAGGCGGGUGGUGGGGCUACACCAUCCCAUUACAAUAGUGCUCCCCAUUUAAACUUGGACACCAGUUCGCCGCACAAUUAUCAAAUAAAACCAACACCACCACCAACUGUCAUGUCACCUUCAGAUCCCAAUGCCUUGGGUGUGGGCUUGCAAAGAACCACCACACCGCAACAUUGUCCACCCAGUCCGUAUAGUGUUGACUACAGCUCAUCGCAUCAAAGAGACACGGAUGCUGAUGUCUUGGAUUUGCGUAACACACGGCCAUCGUCAAUACCACCAGCCAAUGCAAGCGGUGGCAUAACAUGCUCGGUAUCGGCUCCUGCAACGCCAACGGCCGCCAUGCCAAAUAACGCAACCGCUCCACCUGUAGAUGUGGGCAUUUUGGAUUUAUCUAUGCCCGAUAAAAAUUCCACCACCGAAGUUUGCUAUGCCUGCGGCGAGGAACAGCGUCGUGGCAGUCUAAUUGAAAUCAGCACUUUAAAGUCCAAAGAUGACAAAGUCGAUCGUCCGUAUUUUCCCAUAUUCUAUGAUAUGCACCCACGACCGGCCCGUUCUCGACCCAUGGAUCCGCGUGGCAUGAUUCAGGCAUGCCAUUUGUGUUAUGAUCAUUUGAUGAAGCAGUGGCAUCAUUAUAAGACUAAUCAAAUACCCGAAAGCGAACGCAACUAUUAUCUAAGGAAAAAACCCGCCUCGGUUGUGGAACGAGCCAAAUUUGUUUGCUAUACCUGCGGCACCGAUGCCCCAUCCUCACAAUUAAGACUGGUCUAUUGUUGUCCAAAUGCGGAGCGAGAACCCUACUAUCCAUUCAUAAAAGCAAUGACAGCCUAUAAAAAUGCUAGUCCCAUUAGCCCUCAAGGCAUGGUGCAAAUUUGUUCCACAUGCUAUGAAAAACACUCUAGUCGCGCCGAAGGUGUACAACAAUCAUCGAUAGCUGUUUCAUCAGCUGCAGAAAAGACAUGUGAGAGCAAUUCGAAUCACUCAUCCAGUCAGCAGCCAAGGGAUUUGAAGAAUUUGCGUAACAAUGAUUCACGGCCAACAACGCCAAAUACCCAACAACAACAGCAGCAGCAGCAACAACAACAAUCACAACAAUAUCAAGCCUCGGUGACCGCAUCUCCAGGUCAACAGCAGCAACAGCAACUGGAAAAUGGCCAUGGCCAAUAUCCCUGCUACAUUUGCAAAACCCUCUGCCCCUCAAACAAAAUGGAGUGGCUAUCAACAAGUGCUGAGCACAUGAAUUCGCAUGCAAUGCAUUUUCCCUGUCUUAAAGGCACAACGGCGAGCAAUUCAAACUCCAACUCCAGCAGUGGACGUGAUAGUAAUUUGAACACCAGCAGCGGGUCUGCUUUGAACAAUGACCCAAAUGGAAAUCGGGUAUUGGCCUGUAAGGAUUGUGUCAACAACUUGGCCCGCCAGUGGGAGACAAUGGAUGCCGAACGGGUGCCAUUGGAAAGGCGAAGAUACAUCAUUCCAUCCCCGGUCAUAAAUGCCACCUCACCGAAUGGCUCGCGUCACGGUGGCUUGAGUAUUAAUACCCCGCCCUCAACACCCUCAAUGUCAUCAUCGACAGCGGCCACAACUUCCAUUUAUUGCUUUCUGUGUGGCCUCCAUUCGGAUUUGACCUUGGCCAGGGUUUUGUAUGCCAGCAAGGAGGGUUCCCGACCAUAUUUCCCAUUUUUAUUGAAACACAAUUCCCUACCAAAUGCCGAGCAAUUGCGACCAGAUUAUUCAGCCUAUGUGUGCACGUUUUGUUAUCAUUCGUUGUUGAAACAAUGGAGAAAAUAUGAAUCCCAAAACCCCUCCAUAAAUCCUGUGGAUCGAGAAUACAAUUGGCAUGACUACAUUUGCCACCUGUGUAACAUAACAACGUAUCGCAAGAGGGUACGAGCUUUACCGGUCAAUGAAUUUCCAUUUGUGAGAAAUCGAAAAAGUGAAGAUGGCCUCUUGCUGGAGAAUGGUGAAUAUGCGGUGGUGUGUUUAGAUUGUUAUGAGAGUUUGAGGCAACAAGCCUCCCAGCAUGAUCGUUUUGGUGUGCCCAUAUCGAAGAGGGCCUAUAACUGGGUACCACAGCCACCACCCCCGGAAGAUAGUCCCGAUGCAGCGGUGGCCCGUUUGCCAUGCGGUGAACGUUCUGAUAGAGUUCCAAUUAACAAUGCCCUCAGACCAGUUGCCUCCAACAAGAAGAGUAGUUCACCCAAACUAUAUGACAAGUCGUCUUCGCGAGAAGUGCCACCGAAAACGGCUCCCAAACGACCGGCCACAAGUCCAGCACCUGCCAUACCCUCACCCCACCAUUUACAAUCUCCCGCCGCCAACGCUAGUGCAGUGGGUCCGUGUGGGGCAAAUACAGGCGGUGGUAAUGCAGCCACAACAAUUACCCAACCUCCGGGCUCAGUGAAUCCUGGUGGAGGUCCUCCAACCGGUAUUAUAAAUCACACACUGGCUGCCGCCAAUCAUUUGGGUGCCCACUCCCCAUCCGCGCUGGUCCAGCAACAGCAUCAGGCUCAUCAACAGGCUGUGGCGGCAGCCGCUGCCGCUGUGCAAGUACAACAACAAUUGGCUGGUGUACCACCAGGAGCUUUAAAUCAAAGUGCAGCCCAGGCAAGGGGCCCAUUUGCCAACGCUUUACGUAACCUAGCCAAACAGGCCGAUAUCAAAGAAGAGGAAGAGGUUUCAUCGCGGGAUCGUCAGGAUCGCAGUGGUGGCAGUAUUGCAACUCCCAACUCCGGUUCCGCCGGUGCUACAACAAAUCCCUCCGCGUCGCUGGCGCCCAACAACAAUCCACAAAGUCGUGGCAAUGAGCGCAUGGCCUCGUCGGUAGCCUCCUCCUUGACACCCAAUUCCAACAACGAUGAACGCUCAUCAUCGGCGGCCAAAAAGAGAUCCGCACCCUCACCGCAACCAGCUGAAAAGAUUGCCCGUCUCAACUCACAACCGCCCAGUGCCAGCUUACAACCCGAACUUUUGGCACGCAGCGGUUUUCAGCCCUACAGAUCCGAUGAUAGGCUAAUACAUCCGGCCGGGGCGUUUCCCUUGGAUGCAUAUACGCACUUUGCAGGUAUACCAGGCAUGCCUCCAGGUGCCUUUUUGAAUCCUGCCAGUCUGCCUUAUAGCGAACAAAUGUAUUUCGAUCAACGUUUGCAGUUGCUACGUGCCGCCCACCCAGGUGCCCAUCCUCAUGCCGCCUUAUAUCAGCCCUUGGCUUCACCCUAUGCCUCACAUUUGUAUUCAAUGAUACCCGGUGCUGCCCUCGGUCUGGGUCCUAGUUUCCAUGAACGCAUGAAACUGGAGGAGGAACAUAGGGCCAGAGCCCGUGAGGAGGAACGGGAACGUGAAUUGCAGCGUGAGAAGGAGAGGGAACUGCGUGAACAACGAGAACGUGAACAACGUGAAAAGGAACAAAGGGAGCGUGAGCAGCGCGAAAAGGAACAGCGAGAAAAGGAACAAAAGGAAAAAGAGGCCCGUGAGCGGGAAAUGCGCGAAAAGGAGCAGCGGGAGGCCCGUGAAAGGGAAAGGCAACAACAGCUACUCUCAGCCUCCGCUCAUCACUAUUCGAAUCCCCUGUACAAUCCUUUGAGUCGUAACUUUUUGGGUUCCAUGAUACCCAAUUUAAAUUUGGGUUUGCGAGCUCCUCCCGCUGGGCUACAUGGUCUCUCCGGCAUUUCUCCCUAUCAUGCGGCGGCCGCCAACCAAAGACAAAGUCCUCACGGGGCCAUGGGUAUUCCUGGUUUGGGUUUACAGGGCCUCGCUUCCAUGCCGCAUGCCAAUCUACCCCAUCACCUGCAACAGGCUGCAUUGGGUCUAAGUCCAGCUGGCUUGGGACAUCAUGGCUUCUCGGCGGCUGCCCUGGGGCUGGCCCAUCACAGCAUGAAUCUGACACACCCGCACAUGUCUCCGUUACAUCCGGCCAUUACAUCUAGCCACCAACUGCCAGCCCAUUCCACAUCCUCAGUCCUUACCUCGACGGCAGGUUCGGGAUCCGGUUCACCGCAUGGCAGUCUAAGCAUUGUGAGUUCCAGUGGCGCCAUGCCAAUUCGGGGGGUUUCGGAAGCGAAUUGUAUUACCUCAUUGGCGCCAUCGCUGCAGUCCACGUCUAGCAUUGCCCAGUCCACCUCAUCGCUGUCAUCCGCCUCGACGGGUCAUAUGUCCUCCAUGUAUUAUUCUCAUCAUCAUAGCCAAUUAGCGGCCAUGCAUGCUGCAGCGGCCGCCAGUUUGCCCACAAGCCAGUCACCGCAUUCAUUGCCGCCUUUGGGUUCGGCUGGCCUAAAUCCUUCGGCAUUCAGUGCCGCCGCCCUGGCUGGGGUAGGAGGAAAAUUGACACCAUCCUCGGGGGCUCCAGUGUCGUCAACACAGCCCUCUAAUGGCAGUCAGAAGAGUAGCGGAAUGCCACCACAACAAAGUCCCCAUGCCAUGCGUCAUCAGAUUGCCAACAUGGUACCACAGGCAACGGCCAUGGAUAAGCCAAAUAAUCCCGGUAUAGCUGCUUCCACUCACGAGCCCACUACUCUUGAUUUGACUGGAUCCAAUUCGAAUUCCAGUAAUCAUGCUCCAUCGACGGUUAGUAAUUCGGAAUCGAUAAGGGCCGGACAGAUGGCGGGAGCCAGCGAGGCCAAUGGCUUAAGCGAGUCAACAACAACGACGGGUAACAACGACAACAAGGAGCAAGAUGAUUCCACAGGAGGAGUAGGAGGCGGAAAUAAAUCAGCACCCCCACCAACAACAACAACAAACACAUCCACGGUAAAUGAAAUGCAUUUAAGUGAUAAAAAAUCAGCGCAAUCGCCCAGUACAACAACAACAACAUCAACCACAAACAACAAGGAAUCCGAUGAGGGAGUCAACAAUGACAUGCUGCGACGCCAUAGUCCAGCAACUGGCCAACAACAAGAGACGGAAACUAAACAUGCCACACUACAUAAUGCGUUAAGUGUUAGUUUUGCAGCCGCGGCCGCAGCAGCUGCUGCUGCAGCAUCAUCCUCAAAUAACGCCAGCAGUAGUAGUAGUAAUACUGCAACGGAUGAAGUGACCACAAACAAUCAACCGUCAUCAGUCGUAACAUCGGUUACAGGGUCAGCGGGAGCUGCGCCAUCCUCAUCGGCUUUAUGACAUCAUCUCUUUAAGAAUCUCAGCAAUUAGCAGUAGUAAAAUAUAUGACGAUGGUGGUAAAAGAAUUGGAGAAAUGGGAGAAAAUAAACGAGACAUGUCUCAAAAAGAACUAAAACAACAUCAUCUCCCAGAAGAAGGGGACAAAAUAUGGAAUAAUUAACCUAAACUUCAAUCAAUUGGAAUUAAUUUUGAUCCAUAUAUAUUUAUUUUUUAUGUAAAUAUUUAGAUACAAAUUAUCAGAUGUCGAUUUUGCUAUCCAGAGAUAUUUGGAUGGUUAUUAGAAAGUACUCUGAUCCGACUUUAUGUAUGGAAGAACUCAAUAAGGCCUUUUUUAAAUGAAGGAUUGCAAGAGGUUUUCAUUGAGGAGAAGUCUAUCUCAUGAUACUCUUCGGGUCACAUUAAUUCAUAAACACCAUAAAAGUCGCUGACGAGACCAAUGCCUUCUAGAUGUUUUGAUUUAGGGAUACUUAGUCGAAAAUAGAAGGCGACUUUAAGAAAUUUCGAUUUCUUGAUUCAACGAAAAAGUCAAUAUGUUUCUCUUUUUCGAUUUUGACUUUUCUAACCAAAGUCGAGUAAAAAUAUAGCCGCUUAUGGAUGAAAUUCUUAUGUUAAAUUAUAAUUAUCUCAGAAAAUGUACAUCCCCUCAAAGGAAAGAUGGUCAACUUCUCAUUCAAAGAUUCUCUUUUAAAUUGAUUUGAAUUUGAAAAUUACUUAGAGUUCUUUCGUUUGCCGAGGUCUCUUUUCGAGAUCUUCCUUCAGUGGUAUAGUAAACUUCUUCUAUGGAAAGCAAACUGUAAAUAUUAUUUCGAUUCUAGUAGUACUCUGAUUGUUUCACUGUUAAUGGCAUAUCUUCUUCAGAAGCAGAAAGUCCUUACAGGGACAUUUCUGAAACAGAAGAGCGCUACAAAUCCUUUUAUGUUUUAAAAGAUAAAGGUUUAUUUUUAGUUCAUGAUUUUUUUCUUUCGUCUUCAUACAAUAAAUAUAUGGAUCAAAAUACGUGUGAUUUUUUCUACAACCACAAAAUAAAACGAAUUGAUAAUAGACUUCAAGAAUUACAUUCAAAAAUAGCAAAAAAAGCAAACUUAAUUUUUUUUAUAAUUUUUUCCAAAAAUCUAUAAAAAAUGUGUAAAAGAAACAGAAGAAAAAAACGAAUUAAAAUUAAAGAAACAAAAAUAUUAAUGUUUAACUAUAAAUAAAUUAUAAUAAAAAGUAACAUAAGCGUAAAUGUGUUUAAGCACUUAACUAUAUAUAUAUAAUAAAAAAUAUUUCAAAAUUAUUCAUAAUAAAAUAAAAAAAGUUAGGUUAAAUAAAUUCAAUGUGAUUUUAAUAAAAACCCCAAAACAAAUACUAAAAAUAUAAAAGUAACGGAAAAUUCAAACAUAAAAAAAUAUUUUUCUUCUAUAUAUUAUAACAAAAAACAACAAAAAAAUAACUAUAAAUAACAAAAGAUUUUCAGUGGACACAUAUUUUAAAUUUAGUCAUUAUUUGCAUAGAAUGAAGAAAACACAAAACUAUUUUGAAAAUCUUGAGCCAUCUGUGAUAAAACGUAAGAAAGGAAGAAAAAUAAAACCAACAACAACCACAAAUUAUAACAAAAGAAAAAUAUGUAAAAAAAAUCAAUGAAAUUCACUUAUUCAAAAUUCAAACUUCACAAACCAGAGAAUAAGGGUCACUGCAAUUAGAAGAAUCCAAGAAAAUGGGGGGGGGGGGGGGGGGGAUAAUGGUAACAUUACAAUUUCAAUUGUUUGAUUAAAAAUGUUCACACUAUAGAGCCCUUUACAUGGAUAGGAAGAUAAGAGAGAUAAACAACUGGUAGUUUUCUCUUUCAAGACGAGCCAAAGGAUCGACAUCUAUAAUCAAGCGUUCCGCUGAUAUUGACGAAGUUUAUCUCUUUUUUUACCUUUCAAACUUCUACUCUUCCCCCCAAAUCCACAAUUUAAGUUCAAAGCCAAACAAUAUUUACUUACAUACAUCUUAAGUUUGUUGCUAAUUAUGUAAAAAAAUAACAAAAACCAAAUAAACAAUAAAUGUGUAAUUAGUCCGUUUUAUAUAUAUGUAGAUAUAUACAUAAACAUAAUUAUUAUAUUAUACAAAACUUAAAUAAUAACCCCCCAUUAUUUGCCGGAUAAUAUUUUUUACAUACAAACUCCCCUUUUAAGUUCCUUUAUUAAAAACCAAAAAAACAAUUAAAUCAAAGCUACUCAAAAGAAUUUUUUUAUUAAAAUAAAAACAAAAAGAGAGAAAAUCAACUCCUCUCCUCUAGAAUGCAAAACCAAAUAGUCUAAUAAGCUAAUCCAAUCAGAGUCAGUCAGUAAUAUUACAGCAAGUACUUACAACAAUUGGUAAUCAACAACAACAAAAAAAUAUAACGGAAAAAAGUCAGAAAAAAAAACAACGGAAAAAAAUAGUUAAGCAAAUAAUUGAACAAAAAAAUGUAAUUCUCUCAUCAUCCCACAGACAGACACUCACUCUCCCAAAAUCAAUUAAUGUCAUAAUCAGCUGUUUUGUGCAAAGAAACAAAUGUAAAAUAACAAAAUAUAAAAAAUUGUGAAAUACCUACAAAACAAAAAUAAAACCAACUUUUGAUUUUAUCAAAUCAAUUUGAAAUAAAUUUCAAGAAGAAUAUCA